AUGCCUCAGGUCACGAUCCACCUCAUCCGCCACGGCCAGGGCCACCACAACAUAUCCGAUGCUAACAAAGACAUUACCGACCCCUCCCUUACAAAAAAGGGCAAAGCCCAAUGUUUGGAUCUCCAACGUCUAUGGUUUCCCGCAUCAGCCCAACGCCGCAUCCGCCUCAUUGCCGCCUCCCCACUGACACGCACCAUCCAAACCGCAUACUACACAUUUCAGCCCCUCCUGGAUCCAAAUCACCCAGCACACGAGAAAGUGGCCGGGUCAAAGAGCAAAUUAGUCUACCCCAAGAUCAUCGCCCUGCCAGACGCGCAGGAAGUGACAGCCGAUUCCUGCGACACCGGUUCCUCCCCUGCCGCGUUGUCCCUCAACGUCGCCAUGAACCAGUGGCCCGCGUACCUUGGUCUGAUCACGCCGGAGUGGACCGACAAGUCCUUUGGGACGCGCUACUCGCCCGAGCUCGACGCUGUGCAAGCACGCGCUAGGGACGUGCGCUACUGGCUGCGUGCCAAGGCGCGCGACCUCGUCCGCGAAACCGGUGGGAGAGAAGACAUUGAGAUCGCACUCGCUACCCACGGCGGAUUCCUGCACUUCCUCACGGAGGACUGGGAGGGUGCGGCGGAAAGCCACGGGACGGGUUGGAAGAACUGCGAGACGAGAGCGUAUGUUUUCGAAGCCGGAGUGGAAGAAUAUGACGGGGAGAGUGUCGAAGAGGUUGAGGCGGUAAUGGAGGCGAGGAUUGUGGAAACGUUUGAGAGCAGGGAGCGGAGGGAUGUGAAAGGGCGCCCGUUGCCUAGUAGAGAGAGGCAGGAGAAGAUGUUCAGAGACACGAUGAGGAAGUGGGAAGAACAGGGUUUGGAAACACCACUCUCGGCCCAGAGAAAGGCGCAGAGUGAGAGAAAAGAAACGCAAGGCCACAAGAGUGUUGCGGCGUCGGAUAAGAAAGAGCAGGAAGUGAAGAAGCUGGUCAGGGGUUUGUCGAGUGAGAUUCAGCUUCCGAAGCCGACGUCGUCAAAGAAGAGCGCUUCGAUGGACAAUCUUGUCAGAUCAGCGAGUGGGACUGCGCCCGUGGUGGCAUAG